AUGGAAAGUAGAUGCGUGUCAAUAAACAUUGGUCCGCCUGUGAACGACAAAGUUGUGUGUGAGCUUAGUGAUUCGGAUCACAUACAGCACCCACAACACCUUAAACCAAGACAGGGCUGGAGUUAUAGAGGCGUCACAGAGGUACCAAUGACAAUUAGGUUUAAAACAUACGUAGAAAAACCAACGGCAGCCGAUUGUAUAUGUCUCGCUAUUUCUCGAUAAAGAAAAUGAAGGUUGUAAACAGGCCAGUGAUGUUCCCAAUGAUGAGUUGCUGCUGAUGCUGCUGAUGAUGAUGACGACGAUAUCGACUAGAAAAAUGGAUGAUGACGAUACUGAUACUGAUAACAUUACAUUGGGCCCACAAUAUAAACUACUGGUUCUAAAUCUACCAGUAAUUGUGACAGCCAUUAAAGUUUUAUUAUUAUUAUUAUUAUUAUUAUUAUUAUUAUUAUUAUUAUUAUUAUUAUUAUUAUUAUUAUUAUUAUUAUUAUUAUUAUUAUUAUUAUAACAAUUAUGAUAUGAAAAUAUAUGUCUUCGCUCCCUAAAUCGACAAUUCCAGAAAAAUCCCAAAUGUUUCAACCUCACUGGAAGAAAAAUAAAAUAUUGAGAGGUUCGAGAGAUCUAAAUAAUACCUUUUUCUAUCUCCUAUGAUCACAGCACGGUACAUAAUUUUUAAUGUGAUUUUAAAAAUAUACAUUCUCCAUUAGAACCUCUGCGUCAGUAAUCCUUGUCUUAACAACGGAACAUGCUUCACAGGAUAUACGAGCAAGAAAUACCUCUGUGUUUGCACUUUUGGCUUCAAAGGAGAAAACUGUGAGAAGGCCCGGCCAGGUAAAAUAGUGUAGAAGAUCGAUAUUACAUGGUCGCGCGGAUGGCCGCGCUGAUCUCGAAAAUUAAACGUAACAAUAGAGCCUACACUAAUAAGGCUGAGAUCGCUGACCAAUUUAAUAAGCAUUUUGUCAAUGUGAGCUAAUGUGGAUCAAAACCUGGCCAAAAGAAUUGAACAUUGUGAAGGACGUCCGACCCAAUUCAUAAGAUCGACUCCAGUAGCUAACUUUGUUAUGUCCUGUGUCACUGAAACCCAAGUAUGUUCACUAUCUAAAUGUUUAAAUGAUCAUAAGUCAUCCUUAUAUUUUCCUAAUAAACUAAUCAAAAUAGCUGCCCAGCCACUGUCAAUACCUUUAAAAUAUAUCUAUAACCAGUCUAUUGAAACUGGAAUUGUUUCUCAUAUUUUAAAAGUCUCACAAAUUCCCCAGUGUAUAAGGGUGGUGAUGCUACAGACCCUAGCAACUCUCUCACCAUUCAGUAAAGUGCUCAAGCGUGUAGUCUAUAAUCAAUUAUAUUCGUUGAUUUCAUAGAUAAACACCAAAUCUUGUACAAAUAUCAGUUGGAUUUGGGAAAGGAUAUUCCACUGAACAAGCUGUUCUUGAAAUUACUGACAAUCUGAAGCUAGCUACUGAUAAAGGUCAAAUAACAUGUGGUUUAAUUCUUGACCUAUCAACGGCUUUUGACACAGUAAAUCAUAAAAUACUGCUCUCUAAACUUUAUCGAGUACAUCACAUAAUUGGUUUGAAACUUAUUUGGACAAUCGCGGGGCGACCACACGGUCUGUGGCUUAAAUUUUGACAAUUCUGGCGGUUUUAUCGCCGUACCUUUGCUAAUAAUUUGUUAUUUUCCAUUGAAGUUUUCGUCGGUGAAAUGUUCAUUGUAAUUAAAAGUCACGUAAGUAACCUUUUAACACCAAGCACUUGUAUUCUCUGGCUUUUCGUUCGUCAAGAAAAUGUCCCGCAAAGUAGAGCGGUGUUAGAAAAGCCCUUCUAGAGGUGUUUCGGGAUAUACUAGCAUCUUAUACAAAUUAUAAGCACGAGAAAGUCACUGAAAUAGUGAUUAACCACAAGAAUAAUUAAUAAAAUGAAUAACUUAGAACCUUCUGUCCGCAGCCUUAUCAUGCAGUGACUUAAAGAACGGCGACCCUACAGCAUCAAGUGGAAAUUACGACAUUGAUCCAGAUGGCGAGGGAGGCCUGGUGCCAUUCACAGCAUAUUGUGACAUGACUGACAAGAAUGGAGUUGGCGUGACAGUUAUCAGUCACGACAGUGACAGCAGGACACAUGUGAAAGGAUGUGAAGGGGCAGGAUGCUACUCACGCAACAUUCAUUACACUGGAGCGAGUCUGACUCAAUUGGCCAGUCUUACCAGUGUCUCCUCAUACUGCGAGCAGUUUAUCAAGUAUGAGUGUUAUAAAUCAAGGUUACUGAGAACUGAACAAGGAUGGUGGGUGUCACGUGAUUAUUCUAAGAUGACGUACUGGGGAGGAGCAUCACCUGGCAGUGGUAAGUGCGCAUGCGGGAUGAACAACACGUGUGCAGACCCCCAAUAUGGCUGUAACUGUGAUGCUAAUGACAAAGUACGGCGUGAAGACAGCGGUCUUCUCACUGACAAGACAAAGCUUCCAGUAACACAGCUCUUUUUUGGUGAUAAUGGUGGUCGUAAGGAGCACGGCAACCACACCCUGGGAAAAUUCAAGUGUUAUGGUACAGCAUAA